GUCAAGCGAAGGCAACGUCCAUCCAUCUCUGCUGAAUCACGCAUCCCUAGCCUCAUUCAUCAAAUCAAGAAUGGUCAAAGAAAUGAAGCCUUUUCUCGAAAACUAUAAUAUAUUAACAAUCAUUGAUCAUUAGAAUUUUGAUCAAUACAUUUAAGAUAUUGAAACUGAACAUUAGCUCAAACAAAAAGAACGACAAACUACGUGGAGAGCAGAGGGGCAAAAUGUGUGUAUAUAUAAUCUGUACAUUGGUAACAUAAUCCACAAGCAAGAGGCUGCACCAGCAAGGAAGCGCGUUCACCAGCGACGACGCUAUCUCGAACUCGUAGCGACUGGCCCAACAUCAACACACGCAUCACACUUUCCGCCGCAUCCGUUAAAAGCCGCUCUGCAUCUGCAAUAGCGACCUCAAGAGGUAUCGGCCCUUGCAUUAUACUCGCAAAAGCGUCGAUGCCAAUCAAAUAAUUGGCCGCAGCAUCGGGGCCAACUGUACCCGCAAGCGCAAUGACGGGCAACCCAUGCUUCUUCGCACGCAAAGCGACCUCUGCGGGGAUCUUGCCCUGCGGCGUCUGAGAGUCAAGGCGUCCCUCCGCAGUGAAUACUAAAUGGCAGUUUCUGAACAGGUCGUCGUUGAUGCCGAAGUAUUCUGUCACUGCCUCGUAACGGGGCCGCAGCUUGGCACCGAGGAGUAGGAGGCCGGUACCCAUUCCGCCAGAAGCUCCGCUGCCAGGGACGGUGGAUAUGUCGCGCCCUAGCUUUCUGCUGACGGCGGAAGCGUAGGCAUUCAGUGCGGUGUCGAGUAGCUCGACCUCGGCGGGGGUCGCGCCUUUUUGCGGUCCGUAUACACGUGCAACGCCCUUAGGACCGCACAGGAUGUUCUGGCAGUUGCACGCGACUUCAAUUUCAACGUAUUUUAAACGGGGAUGGAGGCCGGAAAGGUCUAUAUCUGCAACUGUGCAAAGGGCUGCGCCGCCACUUGCCGGCGCAAGCUCAUUUCCGUGGAUAUCAAAAAAAUGUGCACCCAGGGCCUGGAGCAUGCCAGCACCUCCAUCGUUGGUUCCUGAGUCGCCGCAGCCGACGAUGAGUCGCUCCACUCCUUCAUCUAGGGCUGCGCGCAUCAACUCACCGACUCCGUAAGUAGUUGUGAUGGUUGGGUCACGGGAGUCUUUGGGAACCAAGCGCAACCCUGCGGCAGCAGCCAUUUCUACAACGGCAGUUUUCUUCGACUGGUCCCCACCAAGGAUACCAUAAUGCGAGAUGAGAGGAAUGUUAACAGGGCCGGUGAUUUUCAAAUGUCGAAGUUCUCCACCAGUGGUGGCAACAAGGGCAUGGGCGAACCCCUCUCCUCCGUCGAAUAAGGGGGCUUUCUGCACGAUUACAUUUGGGAGGACGCGUUUGAUUCCCUUUUCGAUGCAAUCAGCUACGACAAGUGUAUCGAGACUCUCCUUGAAUCCCGAUGGACAAACAAGGAUGCGCAAGGGUGAUUGCACUUCUGGCGGUGGAAUUGGGAUAUUGAUGGGAUCAUCGUUGCGCAUCUGCAUGGGAAUGACCUGUGCUAUCAUUUUUGUCUUGGAUCGCGGUUUCGAGGGUGUGCAAACGAGCGUAUAAGAUUGCUUGAUAAGGGCAAAUAUGGGUAUAACGAGAGAAUAAAGCGAAUGUAUGAUUUGUUCAUGGAACAACAUGUUUCAACGAGAGGAUACUGAUCUACUCUAUGCAACAAUAUGCGUCCUCCGGCUCUAAUUUAUGUUCCUGAUGGUCCUACUAGCCCUGCCACCACCGGGCUGCGUAUGCAAAAGUCAUCUUGCUGCGGCCCGAUCUUUCGAUAUCAGUGUCAUUUGACUUCAUGUGAAAUCAGUCGUACUAACUACCGUGCGCCUUGCGGAAAUGAUGUCUUGAUAGCCUGGUUCACUCCGUUCUUCAUCGAUGGAAGCUUUUCACAUUUCUGUUCGACGUUUAGCCUAUAUUCUAUUCUAGCAUGGAAACGGCCUGCGCAAAAGAUACACGUAUAUAGUGACGCGUAUCCGACUUCCUUAAAACCAAAUCAGUCAAGCAAGUCGAUGAACCAACAAAACGAAGGAUUAUCACUGCCAAUAGGAGGAAGGCCUUGGGAAUCACGCCGGGUUCGCUACCGGCUUCGGGCAUGGAAGAAGAGAAUUUUCAAUUUUCCUUCAUUGGCAGGAUAACACCGAAAGCCCUACUUGAGCAAAAAAGGAAAUCUAUAACGUGGCCAGCAACCGAAUUCGGACUCGGCCCGUUGGCUCCAUCACCAGCGGCUACCUACCACUGCCCCUGCCAACCUUCUCCUCCAACAAAUCAUGGGCAAUCUAGCUCAGCAUGGGAUGACACGGGAAGGUUUCAACCAGGGCCUAUGCAAGGCCAGUCACCCAGCAACGCUUAAGGGUGCAGACUCACAGGUAGCUCUGGUGUUUUCGGUUGUCUCACUCGAAACGUGGGCAGUGCAAUGUCGGGAUCUACUGCUGCAGUUUUCUCCGAGACAAAGGUGUCUCUGACUGUCUUUUAGAUACCUAGAGAGUAGCCCUUGAAGGCAGAAGUUUCCCGUUGUAUCAAGAAGUAUAUGCUCGCAGGAGUGGUCGUCAUCGCCAUAGGGCUACCACUAAGGUGGACGUCCGAUCAUAGCAUGAUACUCUAGAUACCAGCAAAAUCUAGGGCAUGGAUUUCGGGUGGCCGAGUUCAAGGGUCAACUUUAGCCGAGCAUCGCCGCCGGGGAAGAAAGAGUACGGAGUAGUUGCUCCUCCAUUCAUUCCCAGGCUGUUGGUUAGCUGCACUGGCACAGCCACAGCCUCGGCCCCAUGUCUUGCUCCACAGUUGCCCCACAGUUGCUCCACAGCUGCCCCAUAGCUUGAUCCACUCUAAUCCAACGUCGGCUGUGGCUGCUUAACCACGUCAGCCACGAGUCGUCAUCAGUUCGAUGCUUUUCUAACUAUAGCAUGGCAUGCCGCAUGUCCAUACAUCUUCUACACAUUAUUAUUCUCCGCACAGUCUCCGUGGGUGCUUCGGGAUGUUGAUUGGUUUUAACUUGCAUGCAUAAUACGAGCGCUAGCAGAAGCUUAGAACCAUUUCACCUAAAAAGCAGUGUCACCGUUGAUCCUGACAUUCAGGGCAAAGCUCCGACCGAGUAUAGUAUCUCUAAUUGAUCAGGUUUCUUGUUACUUGUUACAAUGUGGGCAUAGUAAUGAUGAUGAAUCAAUUCCUAAGGCUCUCUUAUGCAGGGUUACCACUCUUAGCAGUGCAGAAUGUCUUUGAAUCCUGCAUGGUCAGUCAAAUGAUCGUGGCGGUGUGGAACAGUUUUCCUAGGUUCCUGAAAAGUGUCUCCGAUAUUUUUCGGAUGUUCUGAUGUCUUCAAAAUGCCAGAUGGAUCUGCAUUUUAUGCCUGAUCUCAUCUAAGAUCGGAACGCCAUACACUCGUUUACUUUCACCAUAUUCUAUUGUUGGGGCUUCUCGCAAAAUUUCAAUGGAAACACGCAAUUCCCGCAAUGGGAGGAUUUCUCCUUCUAUCCCGUCCGUCAUUUCUCGCACUUCUACGAUUGUAGAUGAAUAUCAACUCCCACCGUUAAGCUUCACACCGUUUGCGGAAUACGUCUAUCACUCUCCCAACGGUAGAUUCUCAAGUGACAAUUUUGAAGAAUGUAAUCCGACCCGAUGUGGACAAUAUCAAGGAUACCAAGGUGCUGAAGCCGCCAGGCUGGCAUUAAUACAAAGCUCAAGUAAAGAUCCAAAUCUGGUUACUUGGUCUGGUCCAGAAGACCCUGAAAAUCCUCUCAAUUGGGCUCAUUCUGCGAAGUGGGCUGCCGUGCUUAUCGUCUCGUCCUUCACCUUCAUCUCGCCUGUGUCAUCCACCAUGGUGGCACCGGCGUUAGCCACGAUAGGGAAGGAAUUUGACAUUACUUCGUCUAUGGAGCAAGUCUUAGUCAUGUCAAUAUUCCUCCUGGCAUAUGCUGUUGGCCCUUUUGUACUGGGCCCUUUGUCAGAGAUAUUCGGCAGAGUAGCCAUCCUGCAGCUGGCAAACUUAUUCUACUUGGUUUUUAACACUGCAUGUGGUUUUGCGCAAACCAAGCAACAAAUCCUGGCGUUUCGGUUUCUUAGUGGUCUUGGAGGAAGCGCACCACAAGCUCUGGGUGGAGGAGUCAUUAGCGAUUGUUGGAGAGCUGAGGAGCGUGGGAAAUCCAUAGCUGUAUAUAGCUUGGCUCCUUUCAUUGGCCCUGCUAUUGGCCCUGUUGCUGGGGGGUUUAUAGCAAAACACACUACCUGGCGCUGGAUCUUUUGGUCCGUCUCCAUUGCUGACGCAGGUGUCCAAGUUGUGGCUUUUCUUUUCCUCAAGGAAACCUAUGCACCUAAACUUUUGGCAAAUAAAGCUAAAAAGCUACGACAGAGCACCGGAAAUAAUGCUUUGCGGACCAAAUGGGAAAUGGAAAACAGUACAUUCAGUAUCCUUUUGCGCAAAAGCCUUGUUAGGCCGUUCAUUAUGCUGGGCACACAGCCAACAAUUCAGGCCCUCGCGUUAUAUCGAGCAUAUUUAUAUGGGCUCAUGUAUCUGGUCCUUUCAUCUUUCCCCCUCGUUUGGGAAGGAGUAUACAAACAAACCACCGACAUAGCAAGUUUAAAUUACCUGUCUCUAGGCGUCGGGUUUGUGAUAGGCCUGCAAAUAUGCGCUCCAAUCAUGGACAGAGUCAGUAAAGAAAUCUACAUACGCCUAAAAGCCCACUAUAACGACCCAGGCCGUCCCGAAUUCCGCAUCCCCCUCAUGCUACCCGGUGGACUCCUAGUGCCCAUCGGCCUCAUGACUUACGGCUGGACCGCGCAGCCGCACAUCCACUGGAUAAUCACCAACAUCGCAUCUGCCAUCUUCGCAACGGGCCUCAUCAUCGGCUUCCAGUGCGCGCAGGCCUACGUUGUAGAUGCAUACACCCAAUAUGCUGCGUCCGCGACGGGCGCGGCUGCUUUUUUGCGGACGUUGGCUGGAUUUAGUUUCCCGCUCUUUGCGCCUACUCUGUAUGCUCGGUUGGGUUUGGGCUGGGGGAAUGCAUUGUUGGCGUUCAUUUCGGCGGGGUUGGGGAUUGUGGCGCCUGUGUUAUUGUGGAGGUAUGGGGAGUUUUUGAGAAGGAAGAGCACUUAUUGUGCCGGGUGAGUGGGACUUUCGGGAGGGAGGCAGAUGUGGAAAAAAGUGUAUAUAUGGCUGAUGGAAGUAGUCUGAAUGGCAGGGAUGUAUGUAUGUACAUUACUAUCUCUCUUUUGCGCUUCAUGAUGAUAAAUUCAUUGUAUCUAAUGACAUUUACGGAGUAAACAAUGACUGAAUAAGGAUGAUAUGUUUUUUGAUUCUAAGUAUAUUGGGCGGGGAAAUUAUCUUAAAGUGGAGAAAUGGAUAAAGAUGAUAGCAUCCUGCGCUUAAAUUUUCAUUUUUCUUUUCAAACCGUUCGACCAGAGCCAGCACUUAAUUAGGAUUUGAGAGCAUCAUUUCGAGCUUGAAGCCCAGCUGAAGGAGAGAAGUAGCAUAGUUAUUCUCUUUGAUCUUAUUUUUAUCCAUCCCAUACUCUAAACUCCUCCCGCAAGUGAGCAUAGAAUGUAGGCCAUAUACUAA